AGUGGGAACACGCUUAAAAGCAUUUGACGUUUUCUUAAAACCAAUCCAAUGACAUUCACUUCAUAGCUGUUCUUACCCUUAUUUUCUGUACAUAAAUAUCCCACAAGUCAGCUAGGAAACUUCAUAUGCUUCCUCAAAAACAUGGAUUCAACCACUAAAUCCCAUGCAGUAUGCCUUCCAUUUCCAGCACAAGGCCAUAUUAACCCCAUGAUGCAACUAGCUAAGCUCUUGCACUCAAGAGGGUUCCACAUAACCUUUGUCAACUCCGAGUUCAACCAUAGACGUUUGAUCAGGUCUAGAGGGGAAGAAGCUGUUAAGGGUCUUCCAGAUUUCCGGUUCGAAGCCAUUCCUGAUGGGUUGCCACCCUCUGAUUCUGAUGCAACACAAAAUGUUCCAGAACUGUGUGCUUCCACACGAAAAACUUGUUUGGCUCCAUUCUUGGAACUAUUAUCUAAGUUAAAUUCCUCAUCCGAUCUGCCGCCUGUUACUUGCAUAGUUUCUGAUGCAAUCAUGACCUCUGGUACCAAGGCUGCUGAAGUAAUAGGCGUACCUUAUGUUCAACUCUGGACUUCUUCAACUUGUGGCUAUUUGUGCUAUUUGCAGUACAGAGAACUAACUGAAAGAGGCGUUUUUCCAUUUAAAGAUGAAAACUUCAAAAGCGAUGGGACUCUUGAUACGCCAAUUGAUUGGAUCCCUGGUAUGCCUAACAUGCGCCUCAAGGAUAUUCCAUCCUUUAUCAGAACCACAGAUCCCAACGACGUCAUGUUCAAUUUCGCGAUGGAAGUAUCAGAAGAAAUCUUAAAAUCUUCUUCAUUAAUCUUCAACACAUUUGAUGAGUUUGACAAAGAAGUGCUAGAAGUUAUUGCAGCCAAAUCCCCUGAUAUUUAUGCAAUUGGUCCACUUACCUUGCUUAGUAGGCACAUUCCUGAAAUCCAGUACAAAUCACUAAAUUCAAGCUUAUGGAAGGAAGACACAAGCUGCAUCGAAUGGCUCAACAAAAUGGAACCCAAUUCAGUAGUGUAUGUGAAUUAUGGAAGUGUAACUGUGAUGUCGGAUCAUCAUCUGAAAGAAAUUGCUUGGGGACUGGCAAACAGUAAGCACCCAUUUUUAUGGAUAGUUAGGCCCGAUGUGUUGAUGGGUGAAUCUGCUAUUUUGCCAAGAGAAUUUAUGGAGGAGAUAAAGGACAGAGGAUUCGUAACAAGCUGGUGCCCUCAAGAAAAAGUACUGUCCCACCCAGCAGUAGGUGUUUUCCUGUCACAUUGUGGGUGGAAUUCUUUAUUAGAAAGCGUAUCCGACGGUAUGCCUGUAAUCUGCUGGCCUUUCUUUUCUGAUCAACAGACAAAUUGUCGAUACGCUUGCACCACAUGGGGCAUUGGCAUGGAAAUCAAUCCUGAAGUAAAUCGUGACGAUGUUGAGGCUAUUGUUAAGGAAAUGAUGGAAGGAGAUACUGGGAAAAGGAUGCGGCAAAAGGCCCUGGAAUGGAAAAAGAAAGCUGAAGCUGCUAAUAGCAUUGGAGGAUCUUCCCUUAGUAAUUUUGAUAGAAUGAUUAAGGAGGCCCUCCAUCACGGAUAAGUUGUAAAAUUAGUUUGUUUGGCUACAAUAAUUAAACAGUUCUAUGUUGGCUACAAUAUUUGAAUUUGAAUACCGUUUGGUGAUUCUUCAUUGAAGCUAAUUACUCUUCAUUUAUGCUCAUUUCAAAUGCAGUUAAUUUGAGGUGUAGACAUGAUUUGAUAACAUAUCCGCCUUUAGAA